AUGCCACCCAAGCGCAUGACAGCCAACCCGGUGAGGCCGGCGCGCCACCGUCCAGGCAAGCCAGCAGGAGGCGACCCCUCUUCCUCCAGCUCCGACUCAGAGGGGGAAGAUGCAGCUAGCCACGAUGGUGCGGCCGUGGCGCCUCCCCCUCCCAAGGCCACCAGCGCCGGCAAGCUGUUCACCGACCUAAGCAAGAUGGACCUAGACGCUCGACGGAAGGAGGCCCGAGCAGCCGAGGACCUCCGAUUAGCAGCGCAAAAGCUAGAGCGUCAAGCCGCAGAAGAAGGAUUUGUCACCGAAGAAGAAGAAGAGUCAGGGGAGGAAGAGUCUGAAGGAUCCGAAGAAGGCGAGAGCUCAAGCUCAGAAGAAGAGUCAGAAGAAGAGGAAGAACGGCCGAGACGACUGAUGAUGCGACCGAAAUUCAUACCCAAGAGCCAACGCAACAAGGACCCGGAAGCCGAAGCGCGCCAGGCGGAAGAAGAGGCGGCGGCGGCGCGGAAGAAGGCCGAGACGGACGCCCUGGUAGAGGAGCAGAUCAAGAAGGACCUGGCCGCACGGGCGGCGGGCAAGAAGCACUGGGACGACGAGUCAGACCCGGACUCGGACGUCGACACGACAGACGGGGUAGACCCAGAGGCUGAGGAGGCGGCGUGGCGCGUGCGCGAGCUGCGGCGCGUGCGGCGCGCGCGCGACGAGAUCGAGCAGCGCGAGCGCGAGCUUGCCGAGGUGGAGAGGCGGCGCAACCUCACGGACGAGGAGAGGCGGGCCGAGGACGAGGCGCACCUGGCGCGCCAGCGCGACGAGAAGGACUCCAAGGGCAAGAUGUCGUACAUGCAGCGCUACUUCCACAAGGGCGCCUUCUUCCAGGAGGAGGCCGAGGCCGCUGGCCUGCUGCAGAGGGACAUCAUGGGCACGCGCAUCGCCGACGAUGUGCGCAACCGUGACGCCCUGCCAGAAUACCUCCAGCGCAGGGACAUGACCAAGCUCGGCAGGAAGGGUGGCACGCGCUACAAGGACAUGCGCUCCGAGGACACCGGUAGCUGGGGCCAGUUCAACAACCAGCCCAGAGGAGGGGGCCGCCGCCCGGCUGUGGCGGACGAUGACAGGUUCCGGCCUGACGACGACAGGUUCAGGCCCGAUGCCGGUAGCGCGAGGGGCGCCAAUGCCGCUCCACUCGGCGACGUGAAGAGGAGGUUCCGCGGCGAGGACGGCGAACGGACCAGGUCGCCUGACGAUGCUAAGCGGCGGAGGGUCGAUGGGGACUGA